UCUUCUCCAUCUGAAAAGCCAAUAAAUCCACAACUCAGAUCUUACCUCGAAAUGGCGAUGGUCUUAGAUUUUUUUGUCUCAAAAUUUAUCAAAGACACAUCAGACAUGGUGGAGAAGGAAAUCUUUAAGAUGCUCGGAGUGGACAAGGAGAUCAAAACCCUCCAAGUUAAGUUGGGAACAAUCAAUGGUUAUCUUCAACAGGCAGAACGUAAGAGACAUGGAAAUGAUGAAAUUGAUAUAUGGGUGAGGAAGUUGAAAGAUAUCAUGUACGAUGCUGAUGAUGUUAUUGAUCUUUGUAUGAUCGAAGGGGGGAAGUUAUUGAUGGCUCAUGCCUCAUCAAGUUCAUCGACUGUAAGCAUCCCUUUCAGCUAUCUCUUUUCAUGCUUUAAGUGUCUCAAGUAUCGUCAUGAUAUUGCCAACCAGAUUAUAUCUUUGAAUAGUCGGUUAGAAGGUCUAAAAAAUGAUGCUGUUAUCAAAAAUAACUUAGAUCAAGCAAUGAAAGAACCCAUCGAAAAUGCUAAUAAAGUAGUAUUUGGACGUGAAACAUCCCACCUACAAGUAGAAGGAGAUAUUAUUGGGACGCAAAUUGAAAAUGCUACUGAGAAGCUAAUUAGUUUGAUACUCGAGAAUAAUCCAAAGAAAACUCGUGUGUUUGGAGUUGUGGGGACUGGGGGAAUUGGAAAGAGCACUUUAGCAAGUAAAAUAUUUGAGGAUGAGAGGAUCAAAGAGAAUUUUUCAAACAGAAAAUGGUUGUAUGUUUCUAAGAACUACAUUGAAACUGAUUUAUUAAAGAAGUUGAUUAGAUUUGAGGAAGGAAGUGAAACCAAAGGGGAAAAUUUUGAGGGAAAAAGUAAAGCAGAUUUGGAGAACAAACUUGUGUCUGUUCUGACAAGAAACACUUUCAUUGUGUUAGAUGAUGUCUGGAAUUCAACUGUGUGGAUAGAUUUGUUGAGGAAACCUAUAGUUAAAAGUGCAAGUACUUGUACGAUCUUAGUUACGUCUAGAAAGGAAAAGGUUGUAAUGCAAAUGAAACCAGCAUAUAUUCACUCAGUUGAAAAAAUGAAUGAAGAAAGUGGUUGGAAUUUGCUUAAACAUUUGGUGUUUGAAGGUGGAGAGGAAGAAGAUGAGAUUUCAAGUUUGGAAGAAAUAGGGAUUAAACUGGUUAAGAAAUGUGAUGGAUUGCCUCUUGCAAUUAAAGCUAUUGGAGGGGUUCUAUACCAGCAAAAUAAAGCAAAAUGGGAGGAGGUUCUUGAAAGCGAUGCAUGGAAGAUGGACCAGAUUGAAGAAGAACUAAGACCUUUAUACUUGAGCUACGAAGAUUUACCAUCUACAUUAAAACAAUGUUUCCUCUAUUGUUCUUUGUACCCUCAAAAAAAUAUGUAUUAUAAGGAGGUUGUUCAGUUUUGGGUAGCCGAAGGUCUUAUUGUUGAUGAUCAAGAUAAGUCCAGGAAAGAUCUUCCAACCGGAAAACAAAAAACGCUGGAAGAUUUAGGAGAGGAGAUUUAUAGAGAGCUAAUUUUGAGGAAUCUCUUGGAAGCUGAUGCAAUUGUAGAUGUAUCCAAAAAUUACUUCUCUAUGCACGAUCACUUUCGGUCUCUCGGUGCACAUUUGAUGAGCGAGGAAGGGAUUCUAUAUCGACAUGGUAGGGAAUUCAAAACAGAUGAAAACAUUAAGAUUCGCCGGUUGUCAAUCUCAAAUAUGGCGCCGAAGCUAGUGUUACCUUCUCAAAUUCUAAACCAAGCUUGUCUGAGGACUCUAAUCCUUAUGGAGUCUCCUAAAACCAAGGCGAUUGAAGAUAGUGUACUGCAAUCAUUACCUUGCUUGCGAGUUUUGGAUCUCACUAGCACAUCCAUUGAAAAAAUUCCAGACUGCAUUGGGGAUUUGUUACAUUUAAGAUAUUUAGAUCUUGAUGGGACAAAUAUUCGAGAGAUUCCAACAACUAUUGGGAAUCUUGUAUACCUUCAGAAUCUGAAUAUCUCAGAGUGUCAAUACUUGGAAAGGCUUCCCAAGUCCAUCACUAUGUUGCAUAAUCUAAGAUGUCUUGACAUGAGAGAUAGUCCACUGCUGACUUACGUGCCCAAGGGAAUCGGGAAGCUGGAAAAUUUCUAUAAUCUUCAGGGAUUUCUGGUGGGGCAGAAUGACUCAACCUCUGAUGAAGGUUGUGACUUGGAAGAGCUGAAAAAUCUCUCCAAGUUGAGAGACAUAAGCAUUUACAGGCUUGAGAGGGCAGAAAGAGGAGCCUCUGCACUUGCAGACAAACCUUUCCUUAAGCAGCUAACGCUUGGAUGGAUGCAGCCGGAUGAGGAUGAUGCAGAUGAGGAGGAAGAAUCAGAAGGUGCUAAUGAAGUAGGCUCCGACGAAGAGGCAGAUAAUGACGGCAAUGAUGAUAAAGAUGCAGGCAAUGAGAAGGGGGAUGACAAUGAUGAUGGCUCAAAACAAGAAAAUGAAAAUGAGGAGGCAGAAGAAGCAGGCAACGAAACAGAAGACGAAACUGAGGAGGACGAGGCGGAGGAAGACAAAAAAGGAUGGAGCGAGAAGCAAAUUAGAAAAGCCGAGAGGAUAUGCAAUGAAAUGUCUCAGCCUUCAUCAAACAUAGAAGACCUUUUCUUCUAUGAGUAUCCCGGACGACAGCUCCCGAGCUGGAUGAUAUCCUCUUCCCUGGCUGAAUCUUUUCCAAACUUGGCAUAUUUGAAGCUCCUUGGUUUGCCAUGUUGCACAGAGCUCCCUCCCUUUGGCACACUGCCCCAGCUGAAGUACCUCAGUAUUGAACGGGCAAGCGCAAUAACCACCAUCGGUUCUCGAUUCCUCGGAUCAAGAAGCUCUGCCUUUCCCAAACUCGAAGUGCUCCAAUUCGACGACAUGCCUAAAUGGGAGGAAUGGACGUUCGAUGGAGUAGAGGAGUUAACUGGUCAUGGAACACCACUUGCAGUGAAGUUGUUUCCAAGUCUCAGGGAUUGUGUCAUCUUCGACUGUCCAAAGCUGAGAGCUCUUCCUGCAGGUCUCUACCGCGCCACCAACUUCAACGAAUUGUGCCUGCGCCAAACGUAUGUGCUAGGAGAAAUAAUCAAUCUCCCUAUGGCGUACAAGCUCGAGGUGACAAAUGGCAGUGGAUUGAAGAAGAUAUCCAACAUCUCAUCAGUAAGAUAUCUUGAGGUUGAUAAUUGUCCCAACUUGGAGUGCGUGGAAAAUCUUACCAAGCUGCAGCAUUUAGUGUUGAUAUGUUCAGAGGAAACUGAACAGCUCCCGCAGUGGUUAUCGGGUCUGAUCGAGCAGCAUAACAACACAUCUAGCACUCACAGGAGUUUCAGAAAAUUCGAGAUGCAAUGCAGCCUGCAACUACUGCAGACCUGUCUUGAGGGCAAUGAGAAUUGGGACAUCAUCAAGCAAAUUCCUAAUGUCAAAGUCAAAACACCUUCUGGAAAAGCGUAUAUACGCUAUACCAAGGAUCCCUACAUGUAUGAUCCACACGUUCCUGCUAAUUGAGAAAGGUUUGUAUCAGUAAAAGUAUCAGUUAGUAUUUGCUUUAAUUGUAUUGGUGAAUAAAGCUAUGCAGCGCAAGAUUGUGAUUUCUACGGUGCUGUUUGCAUUUGCUUUCUUCGGGGGUGCAAGAUUGUUUGUUUAGAAUAACUUCAGUUGCUCAAGGGAAAUAUUUGGCGUGGCCAUAUAAUUUAUAUAUUGUUUGAAGUACUUUUUGCGAAGUCCCUUAGUCUAGUCUCCUCCUCCUCCUCCUCCUCGUCAGUCAGCUUAUUAGUUCAUAUCAUUUGAAGCCUUCAAGUGUGUUUGUGUUUUCCAUGUUGGUAAAUAAAAGCUAUUUGAUGCAAGAUGUGAUGAUUUCUACCAAUAAAAUUUGCAUUCUUGAAUUUGAUUUACUGUUGGUGUGUUGGGCGAAACCAUUGUCUUUCUACACAUUGUUGGCAAAACCAUUAUGUCUUUCUACAAGUUGAAGGUUUAUAUCUUGAAAAUUCACAAUGUGGGAGAGAAGUGAUGAUUUUAAUCAAACAAUUUGUAUUUUAAUUUAAUCUUUUCCGUACCUUGAGUUUGUCUCUACCAACAAGGGCGAUUCAUCAACUUGUGUAAUCGUUUAGUUCUUGGAUUGCUCUUUUAUUUUUAGAAUCAUAUGAUAUUGUUAGCUUGUGUUUUCUUUAUCAGUAAUAAGCCUGUUCAGCUGAGGAUGUGAUGAUUGUGAUUUAUAUCACAGUUUGUAUUUUUUUUUUCCCUUUCAAA